CAGAGUUGAAAGUGUUUGCACGCUCCUGUCCGUGUCGUGCUCAGCGCUCGCGUUGAUGUGUUUUGUUUGAAAAAUCCCAAUAGCUGUGUGAAAAACGCUACAAAAAUAUGGUGAAUAAUUGUGAUUCAAUAGUAUAAAAGGUUACAGAAAACGUACAGGAAAUCGGAACGUCUGUGGUUUUCCCUUGCCAGUGCGGGGGCCCAGUGCAUUGGCUAGAUGAGCAGUGUUGUGGUGCAGAAGUGCAGUGGAAAAUAAGAGAAAAUAUGUAAAAAAUUCGUGUUACUAUAUUUCUGAAGGUGUUUGUGCGUGGCGUGUGUUUUUGUGCAAAUAAAAUAGAAGUGAGUGUGGAAAAUUUUCUCCAAAAAAAAAAAGAGCGCUCAGACGUCGGCUCAGUUGUGCUUGUGUGUGUAUGUGUGUGGGUGUGUGUGUAGGUGUGUGAAUUUUUGGCCCGAGUUUGGAUGUAAAGUUAAAGAGUUGCACGGUAGAACGGUUUACCCAGCGUGGGGAGGAAGAGAGGAGUCCAGGGUGCUGCAUAUCAUCAAACUCUCUCGAUAAGUGGAGCUAGUACUUCCUACGAAAUUGGAUUAUCGGAUCGGUUGGCCGCAUCUUGGCACCAAAAAAUUAAAGAAAGAUCAUCUCUGAACAUCUCCCCGUAUGGUUCUUCAUGCAUCCACAACCGGCAUCCUGUGAAGUGAAGCGACCAACCUUAAAAGGGAACUUCUACCCCAAAAACAGAAAUUCCCGCUGUCUCAAACACACUCUCACGCUAACACUAUGAUUGCACUGGUCACGGCAAAAGCGAACCGACCAACUACAGCACCGCCGGCAACAGCACCAAAACAGAAUCGUUGCAAUUUGUCGUUCGGCGAUUUGCAUACUUGCAGCUGCGGCACAAACUUCCCCGAAGGAAUUCUGUUCGUUUAAGGAAGAGGAAACACUCUCUGUGUGUAGUGGCCUCCCAAUCAGGGGCUUGGAAAGUUCUCGUCGUCGACGAACAAGCAAAGGACAGCUCGUGUUUUUACCCACAAGGCAGCAUAAAGUGUAGAGGAGUUCUGACUGUUGUUGUUGUUCGGUGAAAGUUUCACGUUUUCGCUGGGUUGGCUAAUGAAAAAAGUUACCGUCAGCGAUUAAUACUACUACAGCUGCAACGAUCACUAUCACCAGUACACGACUGACAGUGAGAAAAAAGGAAUAGCUGUGCUGGUGUGUUUAUCAUGUGAAGAGGCUAUUAGUUCGACGAGAGAGGAGAUACAAGCUACGAAGAGAAGAAAUUAGAAUCCAUUAAUUAACUCGGAAAAACGAAGACCGACCCGACCGCGCAUACACAACAAAAAAGGAACCAAACAUCAACCGUCCUCUGGUCCAUUUGUCCAAGAACCUGCGCUCACUGGUUACCACGUUGCAUCGGUUGAUUAUCCUUUCCCCCCAAAUGUGGAUUCCUUCAACGAGCAUCGCACGUUCACGUCGGUUGUUGUUGUCAUCGUCAGUUUCGGCCGGCUCGCGGUUGCCCUCGCCAGCAUCAUCCUGUCCGUGCGUUUCGGCCGCGUUUGCACCGGUACCGGGCUACUACCCGUGUUCACGAACCGGCAGCCGGACGUGAAAACAAGCAGCAGCAGCAGCAGCAACACGAGCAGCAUCACAAACAACCCUCGAUAGCUGAUACACACCGAGUGUGUAUGAGAAAAGCUUGCGGCGCCAUCUGAGUUUCACCGUGAAGUGGACCAGUAAAAACCUCAGCAAAAACUCCAGAUAACGUGCGCCGUACCGCGAGCACCCGUAGAGCGAGCGGUAUCGUUUCGCUUCGUUCCGCCUUUUUCCCUAAAUCCGCUCCCCGGUCCUCCGCUGUUUCUUCCUGUGCGUUCAACGAUGGGCAAUAAAUGUUGCAGCAAGCGUCAGGACCAGGAACUAGCGCUUGCCUAUCCCGGCGGCUAUAAGAAGGGCGACAGCAGCUUCAACUCGAACCUGUCCGGCGGUCCGAAGCACAACAAUGGCGGCUCGAUCGAUUCGCGGUACACGCCCGACCCGAACCGGGGCCAGCUCAUAAAGCAUCCGAAGGGUGGUGUGGACAUCAUACGGCCCCGGACGACACCACUUCUGCCCGGUCAUAACACACGAAGGAUAGUGGUCGCACUCUACAACUACAAUGCCCGCGAGGAAACGGACGUCAGCUUCGUCAAGGGCGACCGGAUGGAGGUGCUGGACGAUACAGAAUCCGACUGGUGGCGCGUCGUGCAUCUGAAAACGCGCCAGGAAGGGCUCAUCCCGUGGAACUUCGUCGCCGAGGAUCGCAGCGUUAACAGUGAAGACUGGUUCUUUGAAAAUGUCUCACGGAAAGAGGCCGACAAGCUGCUGCUGGCGAACGAGAACCCGCGCGGCACCUUCCUGGUCCGUCCGUCCGAGCACAACCCGAACGGGUUCUCGCUCUCCGUGAAAGACUGGGAGGAAAGCCGCGGCUACCACGUGAAGCACUACAAGAUCAAACCACUGGACAAUGGAGGCUACUACAUUGCAACGAAUCAAACGUUCCCGUCGCUCCCGGCCCUCGUGAUGGCAUAUUCAAAGAAUGCCCUCGGCCUGUGUCACGUGCUGUCCAGUCCCUGUCCCAAGCCGCAGCCACAGGUGUGGGACCUCGGGCCGGAACUGCGCGACAAGUGGGAAAUCAACCGGAACGAGAUCCAGCUAAUUCGCAAGCUCGGCCACGGCAACUUCGGCGAGGUGUACUACGGCAAGUGGCGGAACAACAUCGAGGUGGCGGUGAAAACGCUGCGCGAGGGCACCAUGUCGACGCAGGCCUUCCUGCAGGAGGCGGCCAUCAUGAAGAAGUUCCGCCACAGCCGGCUGGUGGCGCUGUACGCCGUCUGCUCCAAGGAGGAACCGAUCUACAUCGUGCAGGAGUACAUGUCGAAGGGCAGCCUGCUCGACUUCCUGCGCACCGGCGACGGCCAGUUCCUGCAGUUCGAGGAUCUGAUCUACAUCGCGGCGCAGGUCGCGUCCGGCAUGGAGUACCUCGAGCUGAAGCAGCUGAUCCAUCGCGAUCUGGCCGCCCGGAACGUGCUGAUCGGCGAGAACAACGUGGCAAAGAUCUGUGAUUUCGGGCUGGCGCGCGUGAUAGCGGACGACGAGUACUGCCCGAAGCAGGGCUCCCGCUUCCCGGUCAAGUGGACCGCACCGGAGGCGAUCGUGUACGGCAAGUUCUCGAUCAAGUCGGACGUCUGGUCGUACGGCAUCCUGCUGAUGGAGCUGUUCACGUACGGGCAGGUGCCGUACCCGGGCAUGCACAGCCGGGAGGUGAUCGAGCAGAUCGAGCGCGGCUACCGGAUGCCGAAGCCGACCGCCCACCACCUGCCGGACGACAUCUACAGCCUGAUGCUCAAGUGCUGGGACGCGAUACCGGACAAGCGGCCCACGUUCGAGUUUCUGAACCACUAUUUCCAGAACUUUACCAUCACCUCGGAGGUGCCGUACCGAGAGGUGCAGGAUUAAGCAAGGGGUGGGGGGAGAGGGGGGGGAGUUGUGUGCCACCCGGUUAUUAGGGUUUAAGAAUCGUACCAGAUGUGUGUGAGUGUGUGUCAUGCACAGACAAAGAACACAUCACAAACAACGUACCACGUGUUGCGCGCUACUGUUCUUCUUUCGUCCCACGCACGCACGCUUCAAUUCUUUCGAUCGUUUAAAUAUUGCUUGGUAGUUGGUUGUGUGCGUUGUUGUCAGAUCCUUACCUUCGGUCGGUAUCCUUAGCCGCUAGCGAUUCUAGGAGUAAUAAGGAGAGGCAUAAUAAUAGGUAGAGCCUCCGAACUACUCGCCACAGAAGGUUUCCGCCGGAAGAGCAGAUGCGCACAAUUUCAUCUAAUUAGUUAGAUGCUGCAAUCUUUGCUUUAGUAGAGAGGAUACACGACGCCACACACACACCGUAGCUUGACGCGUGUAUCCGUUCAGCGCUCCAGUUGCCAACAAAUUGAUUAUCCCCCAGUGGAUGGGGGACGGGUGAAGAUGGCUUGUGCGUGCCUAGGACACGCAUCCUAGGACAUUAUUCACUGUGCUGGAGGGGUGAAGGUUUUGUUUUAAAAGUGUAAAGCAACCGUUACUGCUAGGAAAAUGUGAAAUAUUUAAGAUCACACACACACACACUGCGAGUAUGUUAGAGCACAAAACACAGAAACACUGU